GGGGCAUCGCCACUCAUGCCGCGCCCCCAUCGCUUUGGUGAUGUAAGCACGUCCCGAUUCCCCGCCCAUAUACGUGUACACCGUAGCCUCUGUUACGUCUGUAAGCCCCGCUCCACCCUUGGUCAUGCUUGCAUGCGCAACAUUGCUGCUCGCUCCUCACACAAGGAGUGCGAGUCGAGGGCCGAUGUGAUCGUUGGCCUUCACAUCCCCCGCCAUCCAAACUGGUGGCAAAUGGCGGGUUUUCUAAAUCGGGGCUUAUGCCCCUCGAUCUUCAGGUUUACAAGGCAUCUGAGAGUAACGACAGUCCCCGAAAUUCAUCAUGUAACAAUUCUCUCACUCAACACGUUUUCCACGGGUUUUCAGCAUUCAGACUGGUUAAGGUGCUUACAGUUGCAGAGGAAGGAAAUUCAUUCAUCAACUUUGAGAAGAAUGGAAAAUGCAAGUUUACUGGAUGAAGCCACAUAUGAGAGACUUGCAGAAGAAACAUUGGACCUUUUAGCUGACUUCUUUGAAGAUCUUGGAGAUCAACCAUUUGUUCCAAAAGACUAUGAUGUAACAUUUGCGAAUGGUGUGUUGACAAUAAAUAUGGGAGAAGCCUUGGGGACAUAUGUGAUUAAUAAACAGACUCCAAACCGACAAAUCUGGUUAUCAUCUCCCAUCAGUGGGCCUAAGCGAUACGAUUGGACCGGGAAAAAAUGGGUCUAUUCUCAUGAUGGAAUUUGUUUACAUGGUCUGCUCACGAAGGAGUUCUCUACAACAUUCAAGACCCAAGUGGAUGUACUUUCAGUAGCAGAUGUCAGUGAUGUAUGACCUAGCAAAAAAAAUCUAAGAACUAUUUCCAAAAGCUGUUUUAUAAAAGCUAAACACUUUUGGAUUUAUUAUGUUUGAAUCUCUUGUUCCUGUGACAGUUUCUGGCAUGCUGUAAAGACUGCAAGUUGUCCCAAAGUAAACUGCCCUGUUGGAGCUCUCCUUUUCAGUGGAGUCUUUUACUGCCAAAGGGCUUGAGAUUCUUUGAUUGCAGUAAAUCUGUAAAAGUGUAUUUUGUUUUGUACAAUGAAAUUAAUAAGAUUUCUUUCUGUACCUGAAUUAAUUGUGAAUAGUAUUAAGUGCCUACUGAUGUUCCUAGAUAAUAUGCUCGCUUUUUUCCUAAAUUUAUGAUACUCAAACAAAAUAUAGAAUAUAUAUCAAGCAAUAAUAAUGCUGGGUGUUUGAUUCACCUACUCCCUGUCCGUUUUGACAGCUUCCUCAAAUUUUAUAGUUUUACAGGCGCACAAUUCAAAUUUUCUUUCUUUUUUUUUCAAAUUUAGGUUUGAGUGUAUUUUAUGAUAUAUUGAAAAGGACCAAUUACAUAAACUCAUCACAUCCAAAUCUCCAGUGGAGAUUGGGGAGAGAAAUAAUGCUACAGCUCUAACUCCAGGUCUCCACUAUAAAUCCACAAAAGUCAAUUUACCCAAACGAUAAAAAAGCAUAUAAUGUGGAACAACUUUAACUUUCUCCUUUAUUUUCUUGUAUUCAUUGUUCAAGUUAUUCAUUAAGUCAGAUUUCUGUACUCUACAGUAGGAUUCAGCAAGAAAGAGUGCUGGUCUUGUUUCCACAACAACUGAAAUUGCCCUUUUCAUCCAAGAUGACAGGACACCUUGUCCUUAAAUCAUUGCUGGGAAACCUACCUGCCAUUUGAAAGGUAGAGUAAGCUUUAGCUUGUUUUCAUUCACCAAAAAUAAUUUCUUCAACGGUAACCAUAGGCAUUUGUCCCACCUCAGAAAAAUAAAACACCAGUGCAGGAGCUGGUUGGGUGGGUAGACAAUCGAAAAUAAACAAGUGUAGUAUUGCAAAAUAGUUAGAGAUGAGAUCGAAGGAAUCAACACUAUAGUGUUGCUUGCCAGUUUUGUGGGUAUGAUUUGACAUUUAGCCUUCCAAAUCUACACUUGAACUGGAUCCUUACUUGGUGAUGUUGGCCUGAAAUAUUAACUCUCGUUUCCUUCUUCACAAAUGCUGACAAGCCUACAGUGUAUUUCCAGCUUUUUCUAUUUUACCUUAGUUGGUGUGUGAAAUUUCUAAGCCCCAUCUCUGUUCUAUCCAUGAUUUGGUAUCUGUGAUUGGUCGUUUUGCCAUGAAUUCACAGAAAGGCAAGCUGACUUAGCUUUGUUUACCAGCCCCUAUCAACAAAAACAAAAUACUCUCUUCCUGGUGAACAUUUCAGUAGAUACUUCUGAUCAAUAUAUUCAGAGAUGUUAUUGCACAUGCUGGGGCAGGUUGGAUUUGAAUCUGGGCUUCCUGGCUCAGAUAUAGGGACACUACCACUGCACCACAGAAGACCUCAUGAGUUUCACUAACCUAUUUUUCUAAUCAACCUGCUCAGGAUGUUAUUACACACCUCUAGAGCAGGUGGGAUUUAAACCCAAGCCUCUCAGGCCGGGACAGAUUCACUCCCACAGCACUAUUCGAGACCUCAUGACUUUCAGUAAUAGUGAUCUUUGAACUAUCCCCACCUGUAGCAGCUGGCUGCACAUCAGGUAUUCCAACCACCCACAACCAUUCUGAAUAAUAACAUUUUGAUGAGCAAUGGUAAAUUGGAUUUUGGAGUCUGGCUGUGAGAAGGUGCAUUACCUGUUCAAUGUACAUUUAGUGCAGCAAUUAUGUAAAUUUCAGGAAGGCAUUUGUAAUAAAAUGGGAAUUGGGCCAGUGGAACCGACAAGAAAAUAUUUAUUUAUGAGAAUCUGAUUUUCAAUAAAAUCCCAGAAAUGUAUGGGAACUAGAAAAUCA